CGUAUUGAUUGCAUUAGUCUGUCGAUGCUAAAUCAAUUAGCAGAAAGCUAGCGAUAAAACAGCCUUCUCGAGACACGACACUCCAAUAAUUAAAAUGCAUCCGUCGAUUAUUGAAGGAGACCAGGGGUUGGAGUACACAAGUGUGUCACCAUCCCACUUUGGCUGUCCCCUCUGCCCCAGCUUCACCACACGGAGUGCAGGAGUCAUCAAGAGGCACCUGGAAGCUCAUGUGACAAAUGCAGUGCAUUUCAUGGAAAUGAUGAUCUGCAGAUGCAAUCUCCACUGCAGAGAUGGAAGCCAUUUUCACUGCCCAUUUUGUUUAACCACAAUCAUCCGCAAAGACUCCAUAACAACACACCUCAAGGAGUGCCAAAAUAAGUCUGAAGUAUCGGUUCCACCCUCUCAACCGCCCUCACCAGAGGCCCACCCUCCUGCGGAUUUUACAACAUCUAUUGUGGCAGCUGUGAAAACGGACCACUCCUACAUUGAAACGUCCCCGAAGACCCCUGCACCUGCUCCAGAUGAGCCAGAUGUGGGUCAGUCACCGCCGGCUACUGCUUCAGAGGAGCCCAUUGCUUCAGAGCCCAUUGCUUCAGAGGAGCCCAUUGCCCCAACCCACAUUAAGUGCCCGUACUGCCCAGUUGUCCUCUUUAAGAGGAAUUUGGUUAUACAUGUUCAACGAAAACAUGAUAAAGAAAAAGACAUCACGGAACAGUCACACUUGCAAAGCACAUUGGUUGACCAAUCUAACGGCCUGUACGCCGUUCGAAAAACGGCAAAAGGAUUCAGUGUUCCUGUGCACGUUCAGCGCAAGACAUGACAAAGCAGAGAGAGUGAUGGCCAGGGGGACCAUCUUUUGAGCCCUGCCACCACUAACUACUACCACCUACCCCCAAGACCAUGAUCGCCAGUGGGAGCCUGCCCCCAUUCCCAUACUCUAUGUUACAUGAUUGACAGGGUUAGGGUUAGACAUCAACAUCAAGACAGGAUAGCUGAAAAACAUCUCCCUUGUGUGGUCAUUAAGUAAGGGACAAUGUAUGGUUAGCAGGUUGUUGUGAGAAAAAGAAUUGCAUCGCGUCGGUGUCUUGUCUCACCACAACCCAGAGUUGUUGGGGUUUUUUUUAAAGUUAUAUUUUUUUGGCUCCACACCUCCAUUGAUAGAGGAGAGGACAGCGGACAGUGCAGGAAACUAGGAGAGAGUGGGGGAAUGACAUGCGGGAAAGAGGCCGCAGGCUGGACUCGAACCCGGGCCACAUGGGCGCGCCACCCAACCACCAGGCCAGGUGGGUUUGAGGGUUUGAGCAUCGGGUCUCAAAAAACAAAGGCAAAGCCAAUUCAAGAUAUUUUGGUUUGUGUGUAAUAGUGGGAGAGACAGUGUGUGAUAGAGAGAGUGAGUGAGUGAGAGAGAUCCCGCUGU